UCAAUUGUGUUUAUUGCUUAAGAACAGUAAAUUCGGACUUUUUUCUCGAAAAAGACUGUGUUUUAAGAUAUAAUGACAAAUUAUUGUAUGGAUUUAAAAAUCUUCUUUUUCAUACUAGUGUGGCAAACCUUUUCAGUAGAUGUUCAUUGUAUCAGCUUAAAAAAACAGAUAUCUGAUUCCAUAUUUACGGGUUAUGUCAGUGGACUAAGACCAGUAUGUGAAGGAGCACCACAAGUAAAUCUAUCAAUCGGUGUAGCAGUUCGACAAAUGAUUGAUCUGGACGAGCCAAAUCAGAGAAUGAAGAUAAACUUGUGGAUCCGAUUGAAAUGGAACGACUGUUUGUUGCAAUGGAGGCCAUCUGAGUUUAAUAAUACAGAAUAUAUUGCUGUGCCAAUAUCAAGGAUUUGGACACCAGAUUUGACCCUUUAUGACAGUCUCACCACAGAAAUGUAUGGGAUGGAUAAGUACAGAGCACUAGUUUACUCAGAUGGUUCAAUUCAUUAUAAUUUCCCUACUCUUGUUGAAGUGAUUUGUCAGAUUGACGUAACUAGCUUUCCGUUUGACACUCAAAUUUGUUCUUUAAUAUUCGGUUCAUGGGUGUAUCAUGGGCUCCAAGUAGACAUACAACCAAGGAAGAGUCCGAUUGAUUUAUCAUCUAUGAAAUCGAAUGUGGAAUGGCUUAUCCCAAAGAUUGAAGUUGAAAGGCAUGUGGUUACAUAUGGAUGCUGUCCGGAACCUUAUCCAGAUGUAACAUUUAAUAUUCAUAUAGAACGUAAACCAGCAUAUUAUGUAACAAAUAUUAUAAUACCAUCUAUCAUGAUCACGUCAAUAGGUGUCCUGUGCUUUUUCCUCCCCGUGGAAUCCGGAGAAAAGGCAUCGUUAGUAAUCAUGAUCACACUUGCAAUGUCAGUAUUUCAGUUACUUGUUGCAGAUAAGCUUCCACCAUCAGCCGAAGCAACACCCUGGAUAAUGUUCUUUUUCAACUUUAUACUUGGCAUGUCUGCUAUAACCACUACGAUACAGGUAGUUGUCAUCAAUAUUUACUACCGCGGAGAAAAACAGAUCCCAGAAUGGAUUAAAAAGGGAAUCAUUGUACCACUAUGCCUAAUGAUGUUUGUUAAAAUUCCUGGCAAUCCUUCAUCAACAUGUUGUAAUGAGAUUAUGGUUUUUUAAAUGAAGGUAUACUCAUAAAAGUUAGAAGACGUAUGACCUAUUUAGAUUGUAAGCAGAAAGACUGACUACACCAUCACAAGAAGAAGAAGAAACAUAUGUGCUAACAACAAUAAAAAAAACAAAAACAACACGAACAAAACACAAAGACUAUAUUACCAAGAUGGAUCAGCGGCUUGUGCUUCACCAGCGACACACGUCACAUUGAUGAGAUAAGAUCCUUCAAGUCAUUGUUGUUGAUUAGGCUUCAUUCGAUACAAGAUUAGUAGUCUCUUGUUUAACCAUAAGACAGUAUCAAAUUGACGUCCCAUCAAUAAAUGUAAAUCUCUAAACCAUGUGACCAAAUAUGAACGUUUGAAAUACAAGAACGGACAGUGUUUAUGGACAAAGAAUAAACAAGACCAUAAACACAUCAUCGAAAAAUAAAAACUAAUUAAACAGAAACUACUACACUGUUUUUGAAAUAAUUACAUAUAUUACUUCAUCUGCACAAAAUAUAUUAGUUUCGAUAUUAUUCAACUUUGACUAUUUUUCUAC